UGCAGCGGGGCGGAACCAAGUUGCUCAGAGCGCGGUGUCCGCGGGGAGCUGGUUUUGAAAGGACCGCGCCUCCCGGAAGUGUUGGGGGUGGGGCGUAAUGCAGGAGGCGGCGGCGCGGGGCCUGCGGCGGGGCUUGGAGAGGCUGCGACCCCUCGCGAAGAAUAAGACGCUGCGAUACGGGGUCCCCAUGAUGCUCCUGAUUAUUGGUGGGUCCUUUGGUCUCCGUGAGUUCGCUCAAAUCCGUUACGAUGCUCAAAAACUCCACAGCAAGUGUGUGGCUGUGACUGGGUCUCCGGUGUACAACCUGGACUGCGUGACUGCUGAGCCCUUCAAACCCACCAGCCUGGGCUGCCUCUCUCACUGUGAUGCUGAUGUCAAGCUACAAACCUCUGCUUGCUGGAAAGAUCUUUGCUGUGAUGUGAGUUACUCUCUGAGAAGUCUCUAGGAUAGUGGAUUCUUUUCUUGAUGGGUAUUGAUGAGCCAUUAACACUGUCUGACUAUUGAUACCUACUCCUUUGUAACUGAAAGGAUGGUUGUGGGUGUUCCCAACCUCACAACUUAUUUCAUUAACUCAAACAGUAAUGCUUCAUAACUUCACAUACAAUGAUAGUAUAUACAAUCCAACAGGAUAUUAAUAUUCAACAGAUCAAGACUUUUAAAAUGAUACCUCACAAUAUAUACUUACACUCGUAUCACCAUGGUGAAUAUGGUGGUUCCAGGGUGCCUCUUUGAGUGUCGUAGGAGUGCACAGAGUCAUUCUGCUGCUGACUUUCCAAUGUUAUGUAGAAAUGAGCUUUUAACCCUUUGUAAUCAUUAAAGAUUCUAUGGCACUUUUUGUAAAAAUCAUUGGAUUAUUUUAAGAGGUGAAGAACAGAACUUGGCGGAUUUAAUGUAGCUAUACAGCACCUUGGCUCCAUUCCGAUUCUUGGCUGCUCUAGGCCCUGGAAAAGCCCUUAUAACUUAGAUGACCCUGGGGUCGAACACCACCUCCCUGGGCUGCCCUUUGGGAGGCAGCACUGCCCAGAGUCUCUGAAGCCUGUAUAGUACAGUCCACCUCCAACAUGCCUCCGGUAUCAGGUUUUGCAAGGGGUUCUUGAAGGACAGCCUUACAGCUGUGCCUGCGUUGGGGGACAGCAAUUGGU